CCCCCCCGAUUUCUUCGGCUCCGACCACCGGCUCCUGCGCCGGCCGAAAAACCCGGCUGGUUCGACGCGAGCGAGCGAGCAAGCGACCGAGCGAGCGAGCCAUGGUCCGCGGCUUUGCGCUGGGCACGGGCUUUGGCCUAGCGCUGGGCGUGGGCCUGAACCUCUUCAGCGUGCCUCGCGAUUCGUCGCUCGCGAGCCUCGCGCUCGCGGGCGGGGAGGCGCCGGAUGCGGGUGCGCAGGCGGGUGCGCUGCAGGCGAGACUGGACAAUCUGACGGAUGCGAUGAGCCCAGAACCCAGUUGCAGCCUCAAAGGCUUCAGCGGCACUCUGCCACCCCCCUGCGCCAAGCUCACCGAGUGGGAAAGGGCCGAAGAGCCCGCCCUGGUAUUCAUGCACAACCACAAGGCAGGGGGGAGCACCAUGAAGGAGGCCAUCAACAUGCUCUGCAAAGCCCCCGAGUUGUGCAUCUUGUUCUCGGGGAACCAGUCGAAGGAGUGGCCCUCCCAGAAGCCCCUGGGGGACUUCCUCUUCACGGGCUCCGAGGCUGAGCGGCGCCGGGUGCGCGCCGUGAUCGCGGUGGAUCCGGGCUGGGUGGGGCUGUGCGGGCUGCUGCCGCGGCCCUGCGUCUACCUCACCACGCUGCGGGAUCCCUUCUACCAGCUCCUGAGCUUGUGGCACUUCGCCUGCCUCCAAGGCGCGCAGAAGCGCGCGGCCUGGAACGCCACGGAGCGGCAGCUCGGGCGCUGCGAGCGCCCCAUCACCCAGUUCUACUUGCAGGACCUGGCAGUGAGGUACGGAGGACCCAGCGCAAGGGGCAUGGCCCGCGCGAAGCAGGUGGAGCUGGCCUUGCAAAAUUUGGAGCAUCCCUGCGUAUGGGUUGUGCACACUCAGCAGCUACAGCGCCAGCUGCUGGACUUGAAAGAGAGGUGGGCCCCCCACUUCGCAAGGCUCCUGGACAGGGCGCGCAGAAGGCCCGGGAACGCGAACCCGCACCCCGCCAACCUGACGGAGGAGGCGCAGUACGCCAUGGCGGCGGCGGGCACAUCUUUGCGCGCAGGCCUGGAGAUUUGGGGCAGGUCCUUCCUGCUGCUGGAGCUCCAGGAGCAGCGGAAGCCCGGAUUCUGCUGAGCUGAGCUGAGCUGGCGAGGUCGGAGGUGUGCGAGCUGGACAUGCAGCAGCUUGAGUCCAACAGGAUUUGGCUGGACUGGAAAACCCGAGGUCGAGUCCAAGAGUCCAAGAGCGCUGAGAACGGACGGAAGUCGGAGGUUUGCGCGCUUGCCGCGCCGGACCGGCUUGAGAUGGCCCCACCUGGCGGAACCGAGCAAGGCUCCGAGGCAUCCGGCGAGUCGAUCUGGUCCGUGGACUCCAAGUGGCGG